AUGAUUAUCGUUCGGUUCAGAAGUGAUGCAGCCGUUCAAGCACGCGGUUUCCAGGCACACUGGAGAGCUAUACCUUUCUCAUGUGGUGGUGUUUUGACAGCACAAGCUUUCGGGCAGACAUUCUCAUCGCCACACUAUCCAACCGAAUAUCCGUUUGGUACCGAAUGUGUCUGGACGAUCCAAGCUCCGAAGUCUCAAUUGAUCACUUUGAGUAUUGAAGAUAUCUCGCUUUCUCCGGAUGACGCCCUAUUGAUCUACGACGGUUCUUCGCCAUCUGCCCCUGUGCUUGCCAGGCUUUCUGGGAACAACACCAUCACGGAAUACUUAGUGACGACCCAAAACAAUGUGUUCGUCUAUUUCCUGUCGAGCUCUCAAGGAAAAGGACGUGGUUUCUCCAUCGGAUACAAGCGUGGUACGUCUUAA